GGCCCUCCCUCCCCUGUCGCCUCCAUCACUCGCCUCACCACACAAAAAUUAAAGCUCACCUCAGCUGCUGCUCUCCUCGCGCGCGGCCUCCCCUCCCCUUCGAUCCCCGCCCGUCGGAGCCCCUCCCUCUCCUCUACCCUCCUCGUCCUCGCCUCCUCACGCGCAGACACGCCAAAAUUCUAGGGAACCCCCACUAGGCGCACCGCCGCACCCUAGCUACCGCUCUCGCCCUAGCUAGAUCGAUACAGCUAGCUCGCGGCAGCGGCAGCUAGCUCCUGCGGGUGCCGGCCGGCCCAGCAGCCGGGCCGCGCUCAAAAUUCGCGCGCACCGCCACGCGGCGUCUCGUGCCCAUGCGGCGGACCACGCCGGCUCGGCGGCGGACAGCGGGAGCGCCGCGCCACCACCAGUAGCCUCCUGCCGGACACGGGCGAUCCGCCGCUGCCCGCGCGGGCCUAUGGAUCUGGCCGCAUGGCGGGCUUCCCUCUAGGAGGCGGCGGAGGAGGAGGGCACCACGGCCGCGGCGGCGGCGACCACCACCACCACUACCCCCACGUCAGCCCUUCCUCCGGCUCCGACUCCGCCGCCGCCGCCGCCGCGGCAUACCUCUACACGACGGCCGCCGCCGCGCCCCGGGGCGGCGGGUUCCAGCUCUGGCCGCACCACCCGGUGCAGGAGCACCACUUCUACGCGCCCAACAUCAUCCGCUUCGCCGAUGACCCCGCCGCGGGCUCCUCAUCCUCGCGCAGCGGGAGGGGCUCCGCCUCCGGCGCCGGCGCCGGCACCAUCAGCUGCCAGGACUGCGGCAACCAGGCCAAGAAGGACUGCGCCCACAUGCGCUGCCGCACCUGCUGCAAGAGCCGGGGCUUCGACUGCCCAACGCACGUCAAGUCCACCUGGGUGCCCGCCGCCAAGCGCCGCGAGCGCCAGCAGCAGCUUGCCACCGGCGCCGCCGAGCCAUCCAAGCGACCGCGCGACGCCGGCGCCCAGCCUUCGUCCACCACAGCCACAACCACUUCCUCGGGAGAGCAGCAGCAGCAGAUGGCCAUGGUGGGCGAGCGGUACCCACGGGAGGUGAGCUCGGAGGCGGUGUUCCGCUGCGUGCGCCUGGGCCCCGUCGACGAGGCCUACGCCGAGGUCGCGUACCAGACCACCGUCAGCAUCGCCGGCCACGUCUUCAAGGGCAUCCUGCACGACGUCGGCCCGGACCCGUCCGCCGCGGCCGCCGGCGGCUUCCGCCACGCCGCCGAGGGGUCCUCCCCGAGCACGGCCGCGGCGGGCGAAGGCAGCGUCGCGGGGCCCGUGUCGUCAUCGGCUGUGGUCAUGGACCCGUACCCGACGCCCGGCCCCUACGGCGGCCCGCCCUUCUUCCACGGCCAUCCGAGGUGAUCAGACGGCCACACCUCGAUGGACGGCUAGCUCUUCAUUAUUCCCUUUAGACACAUGUUGAUCGAUCGCCUUCCAAUCCAUGUCUUGAUGAUAUUAUUUUGCUUAUUUACUAGAAGUAUUAUCUCAUCAUCAUCAUCACCUCUAAAAUUGUCAGUAGAUUUUCCUUACCUUCUUGAUCGAUCUCUUCCCGUUCUCAAUUAAUGAUGCAUAAACUGAUGAGCUGGUCUUCACUGUUUCGUUACUAGUAGGAUCAUACUACUGUAGUAGCUAUGCCAUCAGGUUACUAAAAGUAUAUAUAAAGCUUUGGACUAGCUAGGGAGCAGUGUUCAUGAUUGAAGAUUUAAUCUGAUAUGAUCGACGGUUAGGUAACAUGGUGCCUGCUUGCAUUGGGAGAAUAUGGCUACCGUGAUUGACACUACUCUUUCCUCUUGCCAUUCUCUCCUCCUUUCAUAUUGUUCCAUGGUGGUGAUGA